AUGGUUCAUCGUGGUCCUGCGAGAGGGUGUCGAAGGUGCAAAGACCGCCAUGUCAAGUGUGAUCUUACGGUACCACAAUGCCGGCAAUGCUACAGAUUGGGCUUCGAUUGUCCUGGCUACUCGCAUCCGAUUGAUAUUGUGCUCCGCGACCAGACCGCGUCUGUCAAGGCACGCUUUCAGACACGAAAUCCAAGCACGGCUUUGCGUCUGCCGAGGGAUGAGUCACGGCAACUACUCUCACCACCCAAAAGGAUGAUGCCAUGUCUAGAAGCGCAGGCUCUUGGCUUCCUCUUUGCAUCAACAAUUUUUACCCCAGGGAGAGAUUGGCGAGCAAGUCACGGUCACUUUGAACUGAUAAUGCCGCUCUAUCACGCAGUCUCCAAUGACUCCCCGCUUGUCUAUGCUGUGUCGUGGCUUGCUAUCUACAUGAUGGGAACCUGCUCUAGGGGCAAACCGUAUGCUUUGGAACGUGGGCUUUUGGCAAGGGUUAUCAAAAGUGUCCGCCGAGCGAUCGCAGAUCCCCUAGCGAGCCUUGAAGAUGAGACUCUGAGUGCCGUUAUGAUCCUUCAAUUUGGAGAGUAUCUCUUUGGUCGUAGACCGGAAGCGACCAUGCUUCCUCCCGCAUCACAUCAGAGUGGAGCUGAAGCUCUCAUCAGGAAGCGAGGAAGCCUCAAUUUCAGAAACGACAAUGCACUUACGCUGUUGGCUGCCGUCCGAAAUAAUGCGAUCAAUUUGGCACUAAAUGACGCAGAAAGAACAGUCAAUUGGGACUUGUGGGAGAUUCAGGCCGAUAUCGAGCGGCUUGGUCAAUCUUAUACCCCUGCAAUGCAACUCGAUGCCCACGCUAUCAGCGUUGUAGCUCUCCGAACCGAGCUCGAUCGGAGAAGUGGCUUCUAUCACCCCGAAUUCGUCCAAAUCAUGCGAGAGAGACUAAUACGACUUCUUGGUCAUUUAUCUCUGUGGGAGUGUCAAGCACCGAAAGACUGGAGAGCUCACAAAGCCGCCCGCUUCCAACACUAUUAUCCUUCUCAAGAUAUUGCAUACCUUUUCACUCAGUACUACCUGCUGCGGUUUGAGACUAUUCAGCUGAUGCAAGAGUUGAACGCGAGAACAAAGACUCCGGACCGUUCGGGCGGGCAAUUUGAUUAUGCCAGAGAUGCGGUGGAUUGUAUUGUGGCAGCGGAGGUUUCAAUGUUGGCAAAAUGGCACCAACCGGCAGAUCAACAUGUCGAGACGGCACCUCAUGUAGCAGUGAGGAUGCCACAAGCUACAGUUCAGCAAUGCCUAGAAUCAAAGAGGGGUGCGUGGCUUCUUCAAAAAGUCUUGACGCGACUCGAAAAUGAUCUACGGAGAGCUUUGAUAUCCAUGGAGAUACCCGAUGCUAUUUCUAUGGACUAUUCUGUCUACUUGAACUGGGCGAGAAAGGAACGACAGACAAUCAUCGAGGCUUUUGAGACGCGAGAUGCACGAGUGAAUUGA